GGGGCGCAGGCCGGCGUGUUUGUGGCGGCUAGCGGGGGUGGAAUGGAGGGUUUGGGGGACCCCGCUGGCAGAGAGUGUCGGGUGGCCAGCUCGAGGUUGUGGAGGAGGCGCCCCCUCGGAUGCAGAGUUCGGCCGGAGUGGACUGGGAGUUUGCCCCCUGGAGGAUUCGCUCUGAAAGGGGGAGCAUCCUCGGGCCAAAAGGGGAGCAUGGACCUCGUCAUAGUGGUUAGGGCAAUUCCUUGCUUCCCUUGCCUACCCUCCUGAAACGGAGCACUGCUUUCAGGGUUGUGGGGGGUUGUUAGUCGGCUGGGCACCGCGGGGAGCCGCCCUUGGCUGAGCUAGGGCAGAAGAGUGGGUAAGGAGACCUCUCUCCACCCAACUUCCGUGUGCUUCUUCCACUUCUUCCUUUACUGCUCUCUCGCCCCAGAGUCCUUAUCGGAGCGGUACCCCCAAGUGGGCAAACAUCACAACCUAUAUGAGAGGGUGGAACUGGGUUCGUUGCCCCUAAAUGAUACUUCAAAUGUUUGGAAAGUGCCAGAAUGGCAUAUUUAACCAGGUAUCCCAGCUCGAUAUUGAAUCUGGUAUAAAUUGUCUUAGAAAAGUGCAGUACGGAAAAGCACCAAACUACAGGCUAGUCGGGUAUAGCCUUGUUUGGUAGAUAUGCAUGUUUGUAAAAAAUAGGUUGGGGGAACUAUAUAGAUAUAGAGGUCUAGGCGAGACAUGUUGAGGCAAGCCUCUUUUUCCAAUCUGUUUCUUAUCUGCCUGUAAGCCUGUUCUAGUUUAAAUGAAGCAGAAAGACCCUCUUCAUUUAUAUUUCAAUUAGCGACUGAAUUGUAGGUACUAUGGUAAUAGAUGUCCCAGAAUAGAUAGGUAAACGUUCAGAGACUAGAUGCUCUGCUUUUGAGCCUGUCUCUUAAUCUUUUAAGGAGAUAAUUGUGGUCAAGUGGAAGUAUUGGCUUUGAGAUAGGUAAAUCUGGGAUUGAACCCAGACUAUGCCACUGGCUAGUUGUUGACCUUGGGCAAGUCAUGGGACCUACCAGAGAUUUAGUUUCUUUGUAAGCAGAAUGAGUAAAAAAUUUUACCAGUAUUUUAAGAGUGUGUGUGUGUGUGUGUGUGUGUGUGUGUGUUGUAUUUAAAGAACAGUCCACUUCAAAUGGAAGCACCUUCUAACUGAAAGAUCAGUUAUUAUCAUUAAUCUCACACAGUCAAGGUAGCCCAAUUUUGUGGAAUGAGGUUUGAGACAGGAAGUGAAUGGAUAAUAUUGCAAAAGCAUAUGUAUACAACAGGGCUUUCAAUGGCUUCUAGAAAUUGAUCAUAAGUAGCAGGAAAUUCAAUGAUCAGAUGUUUCUGUAAACUCUAAAUAAAGGACAGUAUAUGCACUUACUGAAGUGAGCAAUAUUGUUUCUCUCAGAUUUUUCUCAGAUUUGUGUCUAGUGUAGAUUGAUAGAAAGAUAUUUAAAGAGUAAUGUACAGGGGAGGCUGGGUGGCUCAUUUGGUUAAGCUGCCCUCUUCGGCUCAGGUCAUGAUCUCUUGGUUCAUGAGUUAGAGCCUUGUGUCAGACUCUGUGCUGACAGUUCAGAGCCUGGAGCCUGCUUCAGAUUCUGUGUCUCCCUCUUUCUCUGCCCUCCCACUGCUCGCUCACUCUCUCUCUGAAACAAAUAAACAUUAAGAAAAAAGUAAUGUAUAUAAAUGUUUUUAAAGUUUUUAAUUCCAGUUAGUUAACAUACAGUAUUAUUUUAGUUUCAGGUGAACAAUAUAGUAAUUCAUCACUUCCAUAUGUACAACACAUAGAUAUUUUGAUUAAGUUCAUAUGUCUCUGCAGAGAAUUAAAAUUGGGGCAUAAACUAGAAAAUAGUUGCGAUUUUAAGAUUAACAUCAACAUCAGUAGCAUGACUCAUCUUAAUUAGACUUAAACUAUUAGCAGUACUUAUAGAAUUCUUAUGUGUAAUUCUGUAAAACAAGUGAAAAUGGAAUGAAUUUCUGCCUUUAAAGCCUUCAUGAUGAGAAUGUAGAACUAAAUCUCAGAAACUGUCUUUAUGUUGAUCACUUUAUAGAUUUAAAAUGAUACAGUUACACGUAACCCAUUAUAUCAGAUUACCAAAUAAUAUAUUUUGCUUUGUAAUGUAAGCUGUAGUUAAUAAUUUUUAAAUGUACUUUAUACUCAGUAUAAGUCAAAUCAUUUGCUUUAAUAAGAUUUUUUAUGUGUGGAAAGUGGGCAUAAAGUUGGUAAUUCAUUAUCACUUUUUAGAGUGGUUUAUAGGUUUUACAUAUUUUAAGAGAAAUUUUCAAAUAAAUUUCUUUCCCGUGUCUCUGUUCACAGAGUUCAACUUUUUUUUUUUUUUUUUUUUUUUUAAAUAAAAGUCUGAACUCUAUGGAGCAUUGGGUGGCUUAGUUGGUUAAGCGCCCAUCUCUUGAUUUCCGCUCAGGUCAUGAUCUCAAAAAUAAAUAAACAUUAAAAAAAAAAAAACUCUCUAACUAUAUUGCAUGCUCUUUGAAGUAGAAAUACUAUCUUAAAUUUUAUCUGCCAUUGCAGCUACAUAACAGGCACCAAAUAAAUGUUGGUCCAAUUGAAAAAUGGCUGGAUAUAUACAGACCAUUAGGACACUUAUCAGUGAGCUUUUCUACUCAAAGUAUGUGGUCAUUCCAAGGAUCUUUGCAGUUGUCCUUUAGGAAAUUUGCUUGUCAGGAAAUCUAAAAAAUGACUAAACCCUUUUCAGUAUACAUCUCUUGGAUGAUCUCAAAAAGUUUGAGGAAAGAUUGGGAAGGUUUAUAUACCACAUACGAGAAUCAUGUAAGGAACAAAGUACAGUUAAUUUUAUCAGUGCUGCCAAAUUAGUAGUGAAAGAGUUACCGUGGAAAUGUUUUAAAAAUGCCAAACAGUGCUUUACUCAAACCAAAUGAAUAUUCUUCCAGAGCUUGUUCCUAUUUUAAAGUAUAUUACUUUCUGCAGAUAUGAUUUGGUCUCUAAUAAGGAUAAAUAAUCACUGUAUAAAGAAAAAAACGGUUGAUAUCACAGACAAACUUUAAUAUCGCCAGUCUUGGUAGAAACUGCUUCAAUGGCUUUAGAUAAGUGGAAGUAGAUUUUCAUGAAAGAACUGUAGAAUUUGUGGAAUGAUAGUUUUUCUCUUUUUAACAUCUUUCUUAUCUCUACUCAUUUCUGCCUAAGAUAGAAACUUUGAGACGCUGGGAGGGGGAAAAAGUGAAUUUACUUCAGAAUUACCAUUUUAAGUAUGUGGAUUACUUAUUUGGAGAGCUAAAUUGGAUUUUGACAUUAUUGGGAUUGUGUUCAAGAUGGACUCAGGGGAAAAAAAAAAUCAGAUGCCAUCUGUUUCAGAUUCCUUAUUCCCUCACCCCUUCGUGUUUUAUGGCUUUGAAUUCAACAGAUUAUUUUUCAAAACUAAAAAUCCUCAGUAGAUUUAGUUUAUAUAAUUUCAGCUAUAUCAAUGAACAUAUAACUAAUAGAACUUGCAUGUUUAUAUUGAGUUACACAAAAAGAUCACAGACAAUGGUUAAAAGUAAUUUAAACUACCUGACUAUUAAGUAGCUUCUUGUAUCUUGGUCAUCAUUGACUUAAUGAACCAUUUUUGUCAGAAAUACUUGUUGGUGGAAGUUGCUUUAAAAAAAUUGGGUAAUGGAGUUACAGAAUAAAUAUUUUUUAGUCCUUGAUGUUGCCACUUACAGAAGAGAAGUUUCUGCUGAGGAUUUUUUCAUUUUAGUGAUAAGUCUAUUUAAACUUAGGCUUUCAGCAGGGAGUUUGGCCUUACCAUAUACCAGCUGCUAUUGUUUUCAUCUAAAUGGCACCAUACACUUCAUAGGGCGCAUACUUGCCAUUUUUCAGUUUGGAUCUUAAUAAAUCCUGAGGAUAGGCUUUUGGGUUUACUGAGCUGGAAAAGACCAUAACUUGUUUAGGUUAUAGUACUUGGCACCUGGCAUGGACCAGAAAUACCCAAGCAUCUUUGAGAAACUAUAAAGUAGUACCAGUGUAGUAUCUGAGACAUGGCCUGAAGAGAGACCAAUCUGGAUAGAAGAGAGCCAUGUUUUAUCUGCAGCAGGAAUAUUCUGGUAUUGUAAGAGCACUGAUGGACUGCCCCUGUAUCGUUUAGUCUGUUCCUCACCAGAAGCUCCAAGUGUGCAAUGUAGUUAUGGCAAGGGCUGGGGUGUCAGGGAUGGGAAUUGUUCUUCAAUAAUUGCUAACCCAUCACAAUGGAGGCGUAGACAUAUUGGGGAAAGGGAUAUUCUCUUGGAUUUUGCCUUGGCCAGAGAAGCUGACUGAACAGGUAGCCAUUGCCUUUGCCAUCCAAGAGGACUUGGUACUACCAACACCUCUAGGUGCCGGGUAAGCCUGUCAAAACAACGUGGUUUGAUGGCUUCAUCAAAAUAACAGUUGACAGACUAAGCAAAGGCAACGAAAAGCAAAAAUAAACAAGUGGGACUACAUCAAACUAAAAAGCUUCUGCACAGUAAAGGGAGCCAUCAAUAAAAGGAAAAGGUAACCUACUGAAUGGAGAAAAUAUUUGCAAAUCAUAUAUCUGAUAAGUGGUCAAUAUCUAAAAUAUAUUAAAAAAUCAAACAAGUCAGUCAAAAAAAUCUGAUUAAAAAUGGGCAGAGGAACUGAAAAGACAUUUUCCAAAGAAAACAUACAGGUGGCCAACAGGUAUAUGGAAAGAUGCUCAAUAUUAUUAAUCCCAGGGAAAUGCAAAUCAAAACCACAAUGAAGUAACACUUCACACCUGUUAAAAUGACUGUCGUCAAAAUGAUAAAUAAAAAGUUGGUAAGGAUGUGGAGAAAAGGGAACCCUUGUGCACUGUUGGUGGAAAUGUAAAUUGGUACACCUGCUGUAGGAAACAGUAAGAAAGUUCCUCAAGAAAUUAAGAGAUAACUUUACCCCCAUGUUCGUUGCAGCAUUAUGUGCAAUAGCCAAGACAUAGAAACAGGCUAAGUGCCCAUCAACAGAUAAGUGAACAAACAAGGUGUAAUAAAGGUGUGUAAUACACACAUACACACAUAUGCACACACACGACACUAUUAAGCCAUAAAAAUAAAUACUGCCAUUCAUGGCAAUGUGAAUGGACCUUGAGGGCAUUAUCCUAAGUGAAAUAAGACAGAGUAAAACAAAUACUGUAUGAUCUCACAUGUAUGGAAUGUAAAAAACCUGAACUCAGAACAGCAGAUUGGUGUUGCCUGAGGCAGGGGGCAGGAGGUAGGAGUGGGUGUGGGAAGGGUUGUGAAGGUGGUUAAAAGGUAUAGUGGUCCCCCACCUUAUCUGCAAGGGAUAAGUUCCAGGACCCCCAGUAGAUGCCUGAAAUCAUGGAUAGUACUGUACCCUAUAUAUGCUGUAUUUUUUCCUAUACAUACAUACCUCCGAUAAAGUUUAUCAGUUAGGCACAGUAAGAGAUUAGCAACAAUAGCUGACAGUAAUAGAGGUUACGUGAAUAUCAUUCCUCCUGCCAGUCUUACUGUACUGUGUUCACUCUUUUUAUUCUUGUGAUGAUGUGAGAUGAUCAGGUGCUUACAUGAUGAGAUGAAGUGAAUGACAUAGGCAUUAUGAUGUAGCCUUAGGCUUCUAUUGACCUUCUGAUGAUAUGGCAGAAGGAAGAUUAUCCCCGCCUAGAUGGAAGUUGACUGUUACAAAAUACCCUCCUAUGCUUGAGAUCCAGAGACUACGUGUCCUACGAGAACGAAUCAGUUGUUCAUCUCCUGGAAAUACAUUAGAAACAUAAAUAUGGUGCCAAAAGAUUUCCUUACCUUUCUCUGACUACAGUUUAUUUGGACAUACUUUUGUAUUGAAGAGAGGUACACAGACUGAGGCUACUUGUGCAGAGACUCUGUCGUGUAGGAUCAUGGACCAUCCUAGUAGAGAGAAGGAUGAAAGACAACGGACAACUAAACCCAUGGCACAAAGGAGUGCACACUGUACCCGACCGUCUGGCUCCUCAACAUCCUCUGGGGUUCUUAUGGUGGGACCCAACUUCAGGGUUGGCAAGAAGAUAGGGUGUGGGAACUUCGGAGAGCUCAGAUUAGGUAAAAAUCUCUACACCAAUGAAUAUGUAGCUAUCAAACUGGAACCAAUAAAAUCACGUGCUCCACAGCUUCAUUUAGAAUACAGGUUUUAUAAACAGCUCGGCAGUGCAGGUGAAGGUCUUCCACAGGUGUAUUACUUUGGACCAUGUGGAAAAUACAACGCCAUGGUGCUGGAGCUCCUUGGCCCUAGCUUGGAGGACUUGUUUGACCUCUGUGACCGAACUUUUACUUUGAAGACUGUGUUAAUGAUAGCCAUCCAGUUGCUUUCUCGAAUGGAAUAUGUGCAUUCAAAGAAUCUCAUUUACCGAGAUGUGAAGCCAGAGAAUUUCCUGAUUGGCCGACAAGGCAACAAGAAAGAGCAUGUUAUACACAUUAUAGACUUUGGACUGGCCAAGGAAUACAUUGACCCUGAAACCAAAAAACACAUACCUUAUAGGGAGCACAAAAGUUUAACUGGAACUGCAAGAUACAUGUCUAUCAACACGCAUCUUGGCAAAGAGCAAAGCCGGCGGGAUGAUUUGGAAGCCCUGGGCCAUAUGUUCAUGUAUUUCCUUCGAGGCAGCCUACCCUGGCAAGGACUCAAGGCUGAUACAUUAAAAGAGAGAUAUCAGAAAAUUGGUGACACCAAAAGGAAUACUCCCAUUGAAGCUCUCUGUGAAAACUUUCCAGAGAUGGCAACGUACCUGCGCUAUGUCAGGCGAUUAGACUUCUUUGAAAAACCUGACUAUGAGUAUUUACGGACCCUCUUCACAGACCUCUUUGAAAGGAAAGGCUACACCUUUGACUAUGCCUACGAUUGGGUCGGGAGACCUAUUCCUACUCCAGUAGGGUCAGUUCAUGUAGAUUCUGGUGCAUCUGCAAUAACUCGAGAAAGCCACACACACAGGGAUCGGCCGUCACAGCAACAGCCUCUGCGAAAUCAGACUGCAUCGUCAGAGCGCCGAGGAGAGUGGGAAAUCCAGCCCAGCCGGCAGACCAAUACCUCGUACCUGACGUCUCACUUGGCUGCAGACCGCCAUGGGGGAUCAGUGCAGGUGGUUAGCUCAACCAAUGGAGAGCUGAAUGUCGAUGACCCCACAGGAGCACACUCCAAUGCACCAAUCACAGCUCACGCCGAGGUGGAGGUAGUCGAGGAAGCUAAGUGCUGCUGUUUCUUUAAGAGGAAAAGGAAGAAGACUGCCCAGCGCCACAAGUGACCAGUGCCUCCCAGGAGUCCUCAGGCCCUGGGGACUCUAACUCAAUUGCACCCGCAGCUCCUGCCAUUUUUCAUUGGAAGGGACUCCUCUAUGGGGGAGGGUGGAGGUCCAAACCAAAAAGAAGAAAACAGAUGCCCCCAGAAGGAGCCAGUGCAGGCAGCCAGGGCCCAGUGGGUCAGUGGCCAUCCCCGCCUGCCUACAGCUCUGAGCAGGUCCCAGAGCUGCAGCUCCUCCACUGCUUGCCCUCGGGGCUGCCUGGUUGACUCUCCUUCCUAUUGUUUACAGUGAAGGUGUCAUUCACAAAAACUCAAGGACUACUAUUCUCUUCCCUCCCGUAGUUUACUCCCGGUUCUUGCCCCACCCUCAACCCUCUCCAGCAUAAAAGCUAGUGAGUUAAAGGCUUUGUCUGCUGAAAGAGCUUAAGAGGCUGGGGGUGCGGUCAAGAAGGCAGGGGGAAGAUGGCAGGCCUGGCAGGAGAAGAACGUUCUCCACCUACCAGGUGUGCCUGGCAGUAUGGCUCCGUCCUCUGUGCCUCUGCAGCCUCCAUCCCCAGCUGGCCACGGGGUGCAGGUUCUUGCCACCCUCCCUCCUGUCAAGUUACACUGUCGGACACAAGCUGUGAGAAAUCUGCAGUCUACUGUCCCUGCGCGUUGGCAUUUUUCGCUCUCUUGACAAGCGAGCUCUGUUCUCCAGACGGUAGUAGGACAAUGCAAAUUGUUCUGAGCAAAGGAAAAAACUGACUUUAUUGCACUUUUAGUUUUGUUUUUUUUUUUAAACAAAAAACAUGGCAGAUGCAUAUUGUGUCUGGUUAUAUUGGGAGUUUUACUUUUUUCUGUUUUGAGGGGGAUGGGGCCAGCCAAGCCAUUCAGAGAGAACAUGGGUCCAGAGGACAUUCUCAAUGGAAAAAGUUGGGUCUGCAGCACCCAAAAGAGAAGAAGCCAAACUCUUGUCAUUCUGAGUAAACACUCAGGUUGGCAAAGAAACAUACUUGAAUAUUCAUUCAUCUUCUCAGCUGCUGAAGAAUGUCCCUACCAGAGCCUCUUGACCUCAUCAGCCUACAGUUUGGACCGCCUAGCUCUCCAGCACAUGGGAUGAGCCAGCCAAGCCAGACUGACCAGGAGAAGGAGAUGCUUGACAAAAAAAUUGGAAAUACCAGUUUCCUCCACUGCCAGGGACUUCCAACUAAAUAGCCAUGUGACUUUCUUAGUGACUUGGGGGACAAAAUUAGUGAUGAAAUGGCCACCGCCAUAUUGCCACUAGUGGACAAGAAGAGGAGGACUAAGUGAACCCGCCUUCCAACUGCCAGAAGAACCUCAGGAUUUGGCAUCAUAGGGCCAGGAAAUAAAAUCAUUGUGUACUGUCUGCCCCGAUAGCUGAGUGAUAGCAUUUGGGCUGGCCUGCCUUACCAGGAACCAAGCACCUGCAGAUCUCCCAGCAGGUCCACAGCAGCAUGCUUAGGACUGAGCACGUGGGGCUGUAUGAACAGGAAGAUAAGAUUGGCUGGUGCUGGAAAAUUCCAAGGGAAAGGAUACUGAAAUGAAAGGUCUGAAAUUAUCUUCUCAUUUGGAUAUAGACUCCUUCCAGAUAAGAUGGCCAUGUACCUAGAGCGUGUUUUCCCCAGUCCACUGUCUGCCUCCCCAUGUGGGUUAGCCACCUGAUCUACUACCAUGAAGAGUCUCGGUUCUUCGUUCACUGCUUGGAAAGUAAUGUAUGGAGUUAAUCUUACUGUGCUCAAUUUUCAUUUGAGUUCAGUGGCUUAUGUAAACAGUGACCUCUUUCCAGAUGUGAUGGAGGAGAAAGAACCACUUACAUCAGGGAACAAGGCCUUGUAUCUGGGAGUAGAGAGAGCUAACUCACCAAGGAGGACAGUGGCUGGUGACUUAGUCUGGUGGUUUUGGGAACUCCGAAAUCAUUGCCUCUGGCUUGAGAUGGAGGGCCGUGUUUUGGACUGGAGGAUGUGGGGAUACUUUCUGGUAGUUGGCAUUUCCUGACAAGUCCCUCGAUGUAUCUUACAUGGAGCAGAGAUAGCAACAGUGGCAUGGAUCAGAGUUACUGGGCUUUACCUCUUCCAUCGGGCCUUGGCUAGGAAAUACCAUUUUACUGGCUUCAAACCUGCUCAGCUCAUGUAAGGAUUGUAAUCUUUCAUUUCUUUAAAAGAAAUUUUCCUGUAUACAAAACAGAGUGGCUGGGAGACACAGUGUCACAUCCCUUUUCCACAAGGGUUUUGAAUAUUGAGGUUUGCUUCCUUGAUAAUACCUAGUGGUUAAGGCACCAUCACAGAAAUGUACAGUUUCUCAAUUGGCAUUUGGGCAACUCUAACUUCCUGUAUAGAAACUUUAACUUCCUUUUCCCUCUGUAGGAAAAAACCUUGCCUGUCAAGGGAUGGCAAGGGGAAGUAGUGACAAAGCCUCUAGCAUCCUGGCACUCCACACCCCACUAAGUGCCUCCCACCUCUGCUUCCACAAAAAAGCAAAGGCAUUGACCAGCUUGGCUCAGGGCAAGCCCCCCUGCAGCUGAGUUUGUGACUUUUUUUGGUCUUAAAUGUUUUAAAGGCUAGCUCUUGAAGGGUUAAACCUAAGCAGUUAUGGGGGGUCCUUCCUAAUGCACUGUUCUCAUUCUCUGCACCCCCCCCCCAAAAUCUCUUACUAGGUAUCUGCUUUUCAUAACAAAGGCAAAGAGCCCCACGUCCCUCUGGCAUGUAGGGUAAUGGUGAUUCUUCCAAGGCCAUUAGCACUCCAAGGUGGUCCCAGGCCUCUGAGAGAUUCUAUUGUGAUCUUCCUGAAAAUUAAGUAAAUAAAAAGACUACCUAAGGAAUAAUUUGGCCAUCAGUUCCAUCCCCACCAGCACAUCAGGGCUCCCUCUUCAACCCUGUUGCUAUAGUUGCUUAGUUCUGUGCCUCAGCCGGGUCCCUGAGGUUGGGCAGUCCCUCCACCCACCACCCACCCAAAUCUACUCACUAUAGUUUUGGAACUUUCUCCAUUUCACAGCAUGGUGCCUAAGGAUCUUUUUCUUUGGGGUCGGUGCAGUUGCUUCUGAGUUAGCAGUAAGUACUAGCAGCGUUCACUCAAAAUAUUCUUAAUAGUAUGCCAUUAGGAGGAUGUCUCCCAAGCCCUACGGUCCUCAGGUGUUGCAUCCUGAGCAGAUUAAGUCACGCAGGCCAGGAAUCCACCAAGGCACAAGCGGUCCUUCUCUUAUGACCAGAGGAUGACGUAUGUCUGUGCAAUCAAGCAGCUAAAGGUUGAUCGCUUACACACACCUUGGCAUUUCCCAGUGGUCUCACUCUGGACUCUGCAAGGGUGGGCAGUGUGCCAGCAGCCAGUGUACUUUUCUGACAGCCUUAGUGAACAUUCUGCUAUAUUGGGUCUGUCUAGAAGUAAACAGGGUCUAAGAAGGUACAAGUCAAGUGACUAGGCUAACCUCCAGUUAAAGCUCCAUUUCACUCUGGAAUGCAGAGGCAACAGGGGACAGCAGAAUCCUGGGCUUUUCAGUAGAAAUGUUGAUUUGCCUGUUUUAUCUGCAUGAAUUCCAGGUACAAAGAAAUCACCUCUGCCAUUAGCCAGAAGAGGGUCCAUCACCUCUAUAUCCCAGCUUAGUGCACUGGAAAUGGACACGGAUAGUGCAUAUUCAUUGUUGAUUCUCCGUGUUAGUAACCUCCUUUAAUGUCAGAAAUAUGCAGUGAUGGUAAAUGUAUGUCAGAUUGGUUACUAAAGAUCAUAGCCUUAACUUUUUUGUAUGCAAAAGAUAGAAUUAAUUGCCCCUGUCAGCAAGCAUGGCUGAUGUUUCUCAAAAAUAAGUACUUCCAUGACAGCAUAGAAAGCAUCUCAAAGGAACUUGAUCUUUUGAUGCAUCUCUCCCAAUUCCACAUGCCUCCUGUGUGUCCCAGUCACCUCCAUUUUCAUACUGAAACCAGUUUUCCAUUCCCAGUGAAUUGCCCUGACAGUGUCGUCUCCAGCGUCAGCCACAUUAGGGCUCAAAUUACUCAGAUUGGGAGCUUACAGCGCCAUACAGCCAACAUUGCCUUUGCCAGUCCACUGCCACUGUCCCCGCCAUUGCCCCAAUGUGGGCAGAUGAAUUCCAGCAACCCUUAGGGAGCCAGGAUAACGAGGCACCCCAUCUGGAUUGGCCAUAUAUAAGCACCAGGCACUUGUUUUGGGGGCUCUUGUUUUGGCAACUCCGGGCCUCCAGGAAAGCCCUGUCUAGAAAUUGAUGGCCAGUGAUUCCCAGUCUUCCCUAUGACGGGUUGGCAGGAAUCAAAAUGGGAUUCCUAUGGUUUUAUUGUUUUGGGGGUGGGGGGAGGGAGGCAGCGGAGGGGUGGCUUUGUUUCUGAAUAAAGAAGAGAGGAAACUAUGGCCCUUCUGAGGGUUUGCAGAGUUUGAGCAGUGUUUUAGCCACAAAUAAGAAAUCUUGGAAGUCUUUGAUCAAUUAAGCAGUCUUAAAAACAUGUUUCUCAUAACUCCUUUUGCAGGUGACUGAGUGCAAAAGAAUAGGUUUCUCCACUGUAUUCAAAAAUAGUAAGUAGGUUCCCUGGAUAUAGACUGUAGUAGUUGACAAAUUUCCUCAAAAAGCAACCAGGAAGUCCACUCCAGUAUUUGUAGAUCAGCUUACAAAGGAAAAAGUGAACAUGUACUCCAUAUAUUUCUAGUUUUGUUACCAAACUUGAUGUUAUAAAGAAACCUCAGUUCUGUGGACAGAAUUUCUUUUGUCGCUUUUCUUUUACUCCUUGCAAUCUUAUUUCCGGUGCCAUCACCACCUUCAGAGUCUCAGAGCAGAGGGUUAUCCUUGGUAAUAAAGGGGGGUGCAGUGCAGUCAUCCCAACAAGACACACAGGAAAACAGCUGUUCUGACUGCCUCUUCCCUGCAAACCCCCUCUUUCAGGGCAGGUGAGACAUUUUCAGUGUUCCUCUUCAUGAGCUCCAGACCAAAUCCCAGGCCAGCCCUUGCACUGAAAGCUUUUGUAAGAGGUUUAUCAAUCUGUUAGGAAUGUCUCAGGAGAGAUGAGCCAUUUCUUUGGGGGGAAAUCUAUUUACAGAUGGGUGUGUGGUUGCGCUUGUAUGCCUGUGUGUGUGUAUAUGUGCGUGCAUGCGCACGUGGUCUCAUCUGUGCAUUUCACUUCCAUAAAGACUCACAGGCCAGGCUGCUGAGACCAUGUGUUUAUGAAUAUCCUUGGAAGUAAACAAGUAACAAUUGAGCUUCUCAAACUAGUGUCACAGCAGGCUGGCUCUGGGAAUGAGCCCCAUUUAUCAAGCAGAAAAGUAAACAGCAGAAAAGAUAGAGAUGAAACCAAAAAUAUUAUAACCCCCCAAUGGAAAAUAAUGUUGAUUCAUCAAUUCCCAUUGGAUAUAUUACAUGCUCUAAUUUAUUAUAUUAUUAUUUUGUCUGUUUCUUUAAUCUUUGCCCAUUGUACUUUUAAAAAGAUGUUGGGAUGUUGAUUGCAAUUUUUUAAGACUAGAUAAUGUAUAAAUCAGCUGUGGAAAUCAGUUUUAAAUGCUGUGUGGAUGUGUCUGAUUUAUUGUUAAAUGCCUUUUUUUUUUUUUUUUAACUUUUUGUUUUAUUUUAGAUAUGUGUUGUUGUUUCAUAAACCCCGGCACUGGUCGCAAAGCUCAGCUGUGAAAAUGAAAUUUGUAGUAUUUUUUAACAUGAAUGUUUAUUUCAAGUGUAUUUGAAAUGGUUCCUCUGGGAGAGAGAUUUGUACACCAUUAGGAAAAACUCCUCUGCAGAGGAAGUAAGCCGCCUUUGGAGAAAACGGAAAAUGGGUCUUGAUGUGUUAUCUCAGAGUAGCCCAUUUCCUAGGGCACCAUGGAAAAACACAAAUGUGAUCUUUAAGUAUACCUCUUCCCUAAUUUGGGGAGGAAAGGACUCAGUUUGCACCCUUUUUGUAUGUAAAAUAAAAUGUCUUACCUUUCUUGACUAA